UUUACAAAUGUAUGCUGUCAGUUCCACGCACAAACAACAUGUGCUCCGUCGUUUAGAAUCUGAUUUCCCUUAUUUUUGUUGAAAUUGUUAUAAAAACCAGCUGUUGACCGUAAUAUUGAUAGGAUUUGUGCAGGCACGAUGGGUAAGAUUCCGCUUUUCCAUGAAUCGGACCAGGAGGAUGACGGCGAACAAAUCGAGUUCAAAACCAACAAGAGCUACGCCAAGCACUACGAUGAAUUUCGUAAGAAGGAAGUUCUGGGUCAAUUGAAAAAUCUUGAAUCCGAGGGCGAAUCAUCGUCCAGCGAAGAUGAAACCACGGACGAGGAAGUGGUCGAUCCGGAGUUCGACAAGGAGUUCUUCCGGACGCUGGCCUAUCUGAAGCGGCGAGAUCCGGCCAAGUACGAGGAGAAACCGCAGUUUUUCGAGAAUGUAAAACCCGUGGAGGAGGUGGCGCUGGAGAAGCGCAAGAAGAAGGAGAAACCAAUGACGUUGAAGGAUUACGAGCGGAAGGUGAUUCUGGAGAAGGGUGGCGUGUACGAGGACGAGGAUGAGAAUCCGAGGCAGCAGGCGAGGCCUGAGUCGCCGUCGCUGGUUCAGCAGCAGGAGCAGAUAAAGGACGAGAUCAAGCGAGCGCUGAGCAGGAUCGACACGGAUGAUGAAGACGAGGAUGAGGGCAAAGGAGGAUUGCUGAAGGAGAGGAGUAAGAGCAAAGAAGAGAAGGAGCGAGAUCAAGCGAAUUACUUGUCGUGGUUGGCGGAUAAAAAAUCGAAGGAAGCGCCCACUGAGGAAGUGAAACCAUUGGAGCCGCUGAAGGAGUUCUGGAGCAGUAAGUCGCUGUCCAAGGAGGAUGCGUUUUUGAAGGAUUACAUCUUGAACAAGCGAUUCGUAGACAGUUCCGGCGAAGUUCCCACGUACGACGACAUUGUGGCCACUUCGGAAGAUGAGGAGGAGUUGGAGAAGCAAGAGGAGUACGAACGGCAGUAUAAUUUCAGAUUCGAGGAACCGGAUGCGGAGUUUAUAAAGAGAUACCCACGAAACGUGGAGGAAUCGGUUCGUAUCGAACGCAACAAGCGAAAAGAGCAGCGACAGGCGUUGAAGGAACGUAAGCAGCGUGAAAAGGAGCAACAAAAGCGCGAGUUGGAAGAACUCAAAGCAAUCAAGCUGCAGGAGAUCAAGGAUCGGAUUCAAAAGUUGAAAGAAAUUGCAGCAACCGAGAACAUGAACAUAAAUGAGGAGGAACUGGAAUCGGAUUUCGAUCCGGAAGAACAUGACCGGAGAAUGCAACGGAUGUUCGAUGAAGAUUACUAUGGAGUCGACGAAGGCGACCAGAAGCCGGAGUUUCCCGAUUUGGACGAGGAGCUUGGAAUCGAGAACUACGAUCGGGAGAAGGUGGACUCGGAUGAACAGGAGAAAGCAGACGACGAUGGCCCGUAUUGCGAGGAUGAUGACUUUGUGAUGGAUGCCGAUUACGAGGAGAAUCAGAAGAAGAAACAGGAUAAGAAAAACUUGGAGGAAGAACUACUGGAAGCAACCGGCGGCAAAAAGAAGAAGAAAGGCAAGAAGUUGUCCAAGUUUGCGGAAGUGUUGAAGAAGGAGAAACCUCUGUUCGAUCCGGAAGAUGAGAAAACCUAUGGCGAGUACAUAGAUGAGUACUACAAGCUCGAUUACGAAGACAUAAUCGGAGACACUCCGUGUCGGUUUCGGUACGUGGAAACCGUACCGAACGACUUUGGAUUGAGCAUCGAAGAGAUUUUGAUGGCUAACACACGAGAACUGAAUCGAUGGGCCAGUGUCAAGAAGACGGUUCAAAUACGACCAAAAUAUUCAGAGCUCAGUGAAAUCGAAGUGUACAAACGGAAAGCUCAAAAUGAAGAAUUAAAGAAGAAACUUCUUCCCAGCUUGUUCAAACAACAAGAACGUGAAAGCGAUGAAGACGAAGAAAUCAAGCAAAAGAAAGUGAACACAAUCACUGAGCUGGACGUUGAAGACUCCACAGAUAAUGUCGAGACUGCUCCUGCAGAAGGUAAAAAGAAGAAGAAGAAAAAGAAGAAACAAGUACUUGAGCAAGAGUCUACUAGAGAUGAGCAACCGAAGGCUGUCCCCGAAACAACUGAAACUCUAGACACGAAUAAAGAAUCCAAGAAAUCUAAAAAGAAUCGUAAGAGUAAAGAACAACACCUUGAAGAACCAACUGAACUAAACAGUACGGAAGAAACCCCACCAACAGAAGACAAAAAGGGCAAAAAACGGAAACGAGAUAAAGAUGAACCGCAGACAGCCCAAGAAAGCGUACCACAUCCGGAGAAGAAACCUAAAAAGUUCAACAAAGAGCGCAAACAGGGCCAUUUCAGCGCGAGCCAGCAAGCGCCGUCGAACGUCACCGAUAGUCGACUGCGGGCGUUCGGUAUCAACCCGAAAAAGUUCCACAACAAGCUGAAAUAUGGCGGUGGCAGUCAGAGCCAACAAGCGGCUUCUGCUGGGGAGCAGCAUGAAAACAGGCAUCAUGGCCAGAAUGGAAAGUUUAGCCAUAAAGGAGGAAAGUAUAAAAAUCAACAUUGGAAGAAUAAGAAGCGGAAUUUCGGGAAAUCUUAACCAUCCCGCUUGGUCUAAAUGUAAAAUUGCUCUGUAAAUAAAAAUGUGUUUUAAAUGUUCAAC